AUGAGAGUACGUGAUGGAGAAGGAGAUUUUUCCGAAUGGCUGUUAAAACUUGGUAGUGGAACAAUACCUGUCAAGGAAGAAGAUCCUUUUAAGGGAUGUAUUGAAAUACCGCAACAGUGCAUUAUUAGAAAAAACGAAUUAAUUGUUCAAAAAAAAUUUGGAGAUGCUCAACUAGAUGAUUAUGCUAAACGUGUCAUUUUAACACCCACUAAUGUGGAUUCAUUGUCAAUCAAUAAAGAAGUGCUCGAACGCCUACAUGGAGAGGUCAAAACUUAUUUAAGUGCUGAUCAAAUAGACACUGACGAUCUUAAUGAAAUAAAUAAUUUCCCUGUUGAGUUUUUGAACAGCUUAACUCCUUCAGGUAUGCCUACUCAUUGUUUAAAAUUGAAAAUUGGUUGUGUAAUUAUGCUACUUAGAAAUUUAGAUCUUAAAGCUGGGCUAUGUAAUGGAACCCGAAUGAAAGUUUGUGCUCUCCAAAACAAUUAUAUUAAUGCAGAGGUUUUGACAGGUGUUUCUGAAGGUAAACGGGUAUUUGCUCCUCGAAUUCAGUUGGCUCCAUCAGAUUCUAAUUUACCUUUUGUUCUAAAACGUCGUCAGUUUCCUGUCAGAUUGGCUUCUUCGAUGACAAUCAAUAAAAGUCAAGGUCAAACAUUUGAUAGAGUUGGGGUAUAUCUAAAAUAA